CUCUGUCUUCGCGCUCGGUUCAGCUGUAGGAAUAAACGGUAAACGGAAUCGCGUUCAAUCCCUAUUUCGUUCUUCUCCGACUCGAAUAAUAAUAAAAUAAUCACAAGAAAAGGAAUCCUCAUUCGGUUAAAUCAUAAGAAUAACGUGUUAAAGAAAUUUAAAGAAAUUGUGCAAUAAGUAAAUGAAAUCAGAGAACAAUCAACGAAAUAAAAGAAUCUCUCAAGAGUAAACAGUUUUCAUUUCAAAAGAAUAAACAAAUCUACAGAGCAACAAUUCUCUCACUCGUUUGCUCGCUCUCACCUACACCCCUACAAAACUCACUCACACACACACGCAAACACAAACACAGCAACAUAAUGAGUGUUUGUGAGAGCAAAGCCGUUGUGCAACAGCAACUGCAACAGCAAUUGCAGCAACAAGCAGCCGCUGCUGCCGCCGUCGCAGCCGCUGCCGUCGCACAGCAACAACAACAACAGCAGCAGCAGCAACAACAGCAACAGCCCCCGCAAGUGGUGGUGCCGCAGCCCCAUCUGACGCCCCAACAACAGCAACAGAGCACACAGAGCAUCGCCGACUAUUUGGCCCAAUUGCUGAAGGAUCGCAAGCAGUUGGCGGCAUUCCCGAAUGUCUUUACGCAUGUGGAGCGACUUUUGGAUGAAGAAAUUGCACGCGUGCGCGCUUCACUCUUCCAGAUCAAUGGGGUCAAGAAGGAGCCGCUGACGCUGCCCGAGCCCGAGGGUGCUGUCGUGACGAUGAACGAGAAGGUUUAUGUGCCAGUUCGUGAACAUCCAGAUUUCAAUUUUGUCGGUCGCAUUCUUGGACCACGCGGCAUGACAGCCAAACAAUUGGAGCAGGAGACUGGCUGCAAGAUCAUGGUCAGAGGCAAGGGAUCCAUGCGCGACAAGAAGAAGGAGGAUGCCAAUCGUGGCAAGCCCAAUUGGGAGCAUUUGUCCGAUGACCUGCAUGUCCUGAUCACCGUCGAGGACACCGAGAACCGUGCCAAGGUCAAGCUGGCCCAGGCUGUAGGCGAAGUUCAAAAAUUGCUUGUGCCGCAAGCCGAAGGCGAAGACGAGCUCAAGAAACGCCAACUAAUGGAAUUGGCCAUAAUAAAUGGCACCUAUAGGGACACAACAGCGAAAUCUGUCGCAGCUUUCUCAUGCGUUGGCUCUCCCUCUGCUUCUGUUCUGUAUCCCGCAGUUUGCGAAGAGGACUGGCGUCGUCUGGUGGCUGCAUCCGACAAUCGCCUGCUGACGCCCACCGGCCUGCCCGCUGGCUUGGCCGCACAGAUACGUGCCCCAUCAUCGGCGCCGCUGGGCGCCCCAUUGAUACUGAAUCCAAGGAUGUCCGUGCCCACAACGGCGGCCAGCAUAUUGUCGCAAGCGCCGUCGGGUGCCUUCGAUCAGAGCGGCCAUCAAAUGAUCUUCGCCCCGUAUGCAGAUUAUGCGAACUAUGCGGCACUCGCUGGCAAUCCUCUGCUCACGGAAUAUGCUGAUCAUAGCGUAGGCGCCAUUAAGCAGCAGCGUCGUUUGGCCGCUAACAGAGAGCACCCCUAUCAGCGCGCAACAGUCGGUGUGCCAGCCAAGCCGGCGGGUUUCAUUGAGAUACAGUAAACAACACAACCAAUAGAAAGCAAAAAAAAAUUAAAUAAAUAAUAACUUCAGAAUUUUGUUUCGUUUUUAGCGAAACUUUAAUCACAAAAUUUAUCAAACGAUAUCACGCACAAAACAAAAAAAAAAUUAAAGAAAAAAUAAAAGAAAAAUUCGAAAAUCAAACAACAGAUAUUCGAAUUUGGUGGUUGUUGGGCCCUGAUUGUGUUUGUAACCCAACAACCAUGCAAUUUAGAUCAAUUAUUAUAAACAUUUGCUGUAUUAAUAACCACACAUCGAGAUGCCACUGUAGCCAAUGAAACACCGCCGGAGCUGUUGGCCAGGCCAGGCUGCCGCUUUGCCCUGAUCGGUCGUCACUCGAAUCAAAAAAAAAAAAAACAAUUGCCAAUGGGCAAGUGCAAGUGCAAGUGGCACCGCCUCCACAGGUUAGUUGUGUUUUCCACUCAUUUAUUUUCUUUACCAUAUCAAACUGUUACUUUCUCUAUAUGUUAUCCUUUUUUUACGCGGGGAAUAAAAUGCAAAUGGCUUCUGUUCCGUUUUGCAUUUUAGUCCGUAAAUUUUGCGAGUUUUGACAACAACAAACAAAAAAAAAAAACAUGUACAGACACACAUGAUGCUGCUGAAACGAAAAGUUGUUUAUUUUUCUUAGAUAUGAAUAUUUAAACACACACACACACGCAAUCUUUUUAUAUUGUAUUUUUUUCCUUUGUUUCCACGUUGACUUGUGCCUUUGAUGUUUUAGAAAAAAAGAAAAGAACAAAAAAAAAAAAAAUUCAAAAAGAGAAAAGUUUUAUGCAAAAUCAGUAGACUGUAGUAGACUUUUCCCUUGUAUUACUCUCGAAUAAGCCAUAUACCAUAUAUAUAUAUAUACAUAUAUAUACUCUUUAUGAGAUAUGAAUUUUACAUGUGUAUCCUAGGCAAUAAGUCUUCCCUGUUUAGUCUGUAACGAUUCUACGAUUAUUUUGUAUUAUGCGUUCGAAUGUAAAUGAUGUUGCAAUUGAACCGAAAACCCGAAAGUGUACCACAAUAAAGAUCAAUGAUUUUUGUUGAAAUGCAAAACAAACAGAUCAAAAUAAAAAAGAAAAUCUAAAAAAAAAAGCGAACACAACAAAAACAAAACAAAAUCCAUACCAAGUCUUAUGAUUCUUUUAAUUGACUUCUUUCAGAAAUUCUCCACGGAGAACAGAGAUCUCUUCUCUCUCGAAAAACUUUCAACCAAAAAAUCUAACGCUUUCCAAAAAC